UCAGUGGCAUUCUCGCCCGACUCAAGCCUCGUGGCCUCGGCCUCUCACGAUAAGACUGUGCGACUUUGGCGUAUUGAGGAUGGCGCAUGCAUUCAAGAGCUUAAGGGCCAUACGGACUCGGUAAACUCGGUGGCAUUCUCGCCCGACUCAAGCCUUGUGGCCUCGGCCUCUCACGAUCGGACUGUGCGACUCUGGCGUAUCGAGGAUGGCGCAUGUAUACAGGAAGUACAUGACGUUUUUCGCCGUCGCCUUCAACUUCACUUUCGCGAUUCACUCCUGCUGACAGAUGUUGGGGCCAUCUCCAUUCAGAGCCCUGAUUUAUUCAUCCAAAAUGCCACUACAUCCUUUACUGACUGCCUCUCUGGCAUUGGAAUCAGUGAAGAUAGAUGCUGGAUUACGUGGCAGGAAAAAAAGUUGUUUUGGUUACCAGCGUCAUUUCGCUCUGGAUGUUCAAAGGUGUCUGGAUCAUCUGUUGUAAUUGGCUGUAACUCAGGAAGGGUGAUUUUUAUGAAGUUUCGACCUAGGGUUCUAGACUCAUAUAGUUAA